GACCGGAUAAUAAACAGUUUCCAGGCCAAAUUCGAUUUCUGAGAGAGUUUGAGUUAUACGGAGACGGAAGGAAGAUCGGGAAGGAGGGAGGGAGAGCAAGAUGAUGACCGGCGGGAGCUACACGACUAUUGACAGCCAGAAAGUCUCUGGAUCUGUACCUUCCGUUCCAGAUCCAGGCCAUACCACCGUCAAAUUCGCAGAGUCAAAUCUUCAAACCUUUCCUCCGUCUGCUACUCAGGGCAAGAUCUCUGGUGGUAGUAAUCCUCCUCGUGAUGCUGACGAUACAUUUUCUGGGAAUGGUAAUGGUGGUACAGACGAACCUCAGUCUGGUGGCUGGCUCCAUAAGUUCACUGUUGGUGCUUACAAGCCUUUCUUUGAUGUCGACACUUCUGAUGUUGUGGACAGGCUCAAAGAAUCUCUCUUCCCGUUCCGUGGAACCUUUACAGAAAAAACUGCCGAUAAGCCUGACUUGUAUGGUCCAUUUUGGAUAUGCACGACUUUGAUAUUCGUGGCGGCAUCUAUUGGCACAUUUGUCACCUACGUAGCACACAAAUGGAAGAAACAAGAAUGGAACUACGAUAUCAAUCUUGUGACUUGGUCAGCAGGAGUGUUCUAUGGCUAUGUCACGCUUGUUCCUCUCGCGUUAUAUGUCGUUCUCAAAUACUUCUCUGCACCUUCAGGACUAGUCCAGCUCUUCUGUCUCUACGGCUAUUCCCUCUUCAUCUUUAUCCCCGCAUUGUGCCUCUCGGUCGUGCCAGUGGAGAUCUUCAGAUGGGUCAUCGCGGGUGUAGCAGGGUUCAUGUCUGCAACAUUUGUGGCUUUGAACCUCAAAGCACAUAUCAAUUCCGCUGGAGAGAGAUCGAUCCUGAUAAUAGCAAGCAUCUUUCUUUUGCAGCUAGGGCUUGCGGUUGUUUUGAAGCUCUAUCUGUUCACUGUCACCGUAUGAUUCACAAAAGGGUGUAUUGAAAAGGUUUUGUGUAGAUCCAUCCAUUAACGUUUUCUCCUCAUAUCUUAUACAAUUUUUUGGUACUGCUUGGAAACUGAACUCCAUGAUUCCAUUUCAUUUAGUUACUUGAACCUUCCAUGGUUUUACUUGUAGAAAAUAGUGUCAUAAUAAUAAAUCUUUUUAUUUGCUGA